CCUUGCUUUUCCUGGGAUACCCAGCAUCAUGGUUUCCUGUUUCCUGGAGUCUCUCAGUGUCCUGGGUUCCCUCCUGCUUCUUGGAUUCCAGCUCGUCUGCCCACAGCCCUCCACUGAACACAGAAAGGUCCCGCAACGGAUGGCGGUGGCCGAAGGCGCUCCCGAGGACGCCGGCGGCGGAGGCGCCCCGGGCGUGUGGGGCGCCUGGGGCCCCUGGUCCGCCUGCUCGCGCAGCUGCAGCGGCGGCGUCAUGGAGCAGACGCGACCCUGCCUGCCCGGCUCGUACCGCGCACGCGGCGGACCGCCGCCCGGAGCCCCCGCGCGCGCCUUCGCAGGCCACGUGGUGUCAGCCGUGCGUACGUCGGUGCCGCUGCACCGGAGCCGUGAGGAGCCACGCGCCCCCGCCAGCCUCAACUCCAGCCGCCAGGGUCCGGCGCAGCGAGGCAGCCGGCACCCGCAGGCCCGGACCCGCGAACCCACGGUGGAGAGAAGGAGCAGGACCCGAGGUCCCAUCGGCCCUGGCAUGUAUGGCUAUGGUAAGGCCCCAUACAUCUUACCACUGCAGACGGACUCUGCACAGCUGCCACAGAGGCUUCGGAGGCAGAGGCCCUCAUCCCGGAAUUCCAGGUCCCAGGGGGCAUCUGGUUCUAGCCAUGGAUACAACCUUCCAGCCCACCGGGCCCCCCGACAUGGACCUCUGUACCAGAGUGACAGUGGCCCUCGUCCUGGACUGCAAGUCUCAGAGGGCUCCAUCUACCAGCUGCCUUUGACCCAUGACCAAGGCUUCCCUGAAGCCUCAAAUCUCUUCCACAACCCAGAAACAAGCAGCAGCCCUGGCCUGGGGGCCCACAGGGCAGCUCAGAGCUUCUCCCAGCCUGCCCGAUCUACAGCAAUCUCCUGCAUUGGGGCCUAUCGGCAGUACAAGCUGUGCAACACAAAUGUCUGUCCAGAAAGCAGUAGAAGUAUCUGGGAGGUACAAUGUGCAUCCUACAACAACAAGCCGUUCAUGGGCCGGUUUUAUGAAUGGGAACCGUUUGCAGAAGCCAAGGGCAAUCGGAAGUGUGAGCUGAACUGCCAGGCAAUGGGCUACCGCUUCUACGUACGGCAGGCUGAGAAGGUCAUUGAUGGUACCCCCUGUGACCAGAACGGCACGGCCAUCUGCGUGUCUGGGCAGUGCAAGAGCAUUGGCUGUGAUGACUACCUAGGCUCCGACAAAGUCGUGGACAAAUGCGGGGUGUGCGGAGGCGAUAACACAGGCUGUCAGGUUGUGUCGGGUGUGUUUAAGCAUGCCCUCACCAGCCUGGGCUACCACCGAGUUGUUGAGAUUCCUCAAGGAGCCACAAAAAUCAACAUCACCGAGAUGUACAAGAGCAACAACUAUUUGGCCUUGCGAAGUCGUUCUGGCCGCUCCAUCAUCAACGGGAACUGGGCUAUUGACCGGCCUGGAAAAUAUGAAGGAGGAGGGACCAUGUUCACAUACAAGCGACCAAAUGAGAUUUCGAGCACUGCCGGAGAGUCCUUUUUGGCCGAAGGUCCCACUAAUGAGAUCUUGGAUGUCUAUAUGAUACACCAGCAGCCUAACCCAGGAGUCCACUAUGAGUACGUAAUCAUGGGGAACAAUGCCAUCAGCCCACAGGUGCUGCCUCACAGGAGACCAGGGGAGCCCUUCAAUGGCCAGCUGGUACCAGAAGCAGGGAACCAGCAGGAGGGAGAAGGGAAAGAGGGGGACGAAGAGAAGGCAGACGUGCAUGGCGGGGCACCUGAAAUAUUCACCUCGGAAUCAGCACAGACCUUCCAGGUCAGGCAUCCUGAUAGAUUCUCUCCCCACCGGCCAGACAAUGUGGUACCACCAGCACCACAGACCCCACGGCGGAGCCGGGAUCACAACUGGAAACAGCUGGGGACGACAGAGUGCUCGACAACCUGUGGGAAAGGAUCGCAGUACCCUAUUUUUCGCUGUGUGAACAGAAACACUCACGAAGAGGUUCCUGAGAGCUACUGUGACCCGAGCAUGAAGCCGACCCCGGAGGAGGAACCCUGCAACAUCUUCCCUUGCCCAGCCUUCUGGGACAUCGGGGAGUGGUCUGAGUGCAGCAAAACCUGUGGCCUGGGCAUGCAGCACCGCCAGGUUCUGUGUCGCCAGGUGUAUGCCAACCGCAGCCUGACGGUGCAGCCCUACCGCUGCCAGCACCUGGAGAAGCCCGAGACCACCAGCACCUGCCAGCUCAAGAUCUGCAGCGAGUGGCAGAUCCGGACGGACUGGACCUCGUGCUCGGUGCCCUGCGGAGUGGGGCAGAGGACCCGCGAUGUGAAGUGUGUGAGCAACAUCGGGGACGUGGUGGAUGACGAGGAAUGCAACAUGAAACUCCGGCCCAACGACAUUGAGAACUGCGACAUGGGACCCUGCGCCAAGAGCUGGUUCCUGACGGAGUGGAGCGAGAGGUGCUCGGCAGAGUGUGGGGCUGGAGUGCGGACACGCUCGGUCGUGUGUAUGACCAACCACAUCAGCAGCCUGCCGCUGGAGGGCUGCGGGAACAACCGGCCAGUGGAGGCCACGCCGUGUGACAACGGGCCCUGCACGGGCGAGGUGGAGUGGUUUGCGGGAAGCUGGAGUCAGUGUUCCAUCGAGUGUGGGAGCGGGACCCAACAGAGGGAGGUGAUUUGUGUUAGGAAGAACGCUGACACCUUUGAAGUGCUGGACCCCUAUGAAUGUUCCUUCCUGGAGAGACCCCCCAGCCAGCAAUCCUGCCACCUCAAGCCCUGCGGAGCCAAAUGGUUUAACACAGAAUGGAGCAUGUGUUCCAAGAGCUGCCAGGGCGGCUUCCGCGUCCGGGAAGUGCGCUGUCUGUCUGAUGAGAUGACCCUAAGUAAUCUCUGUGACCCUCAGUUGAAACCAGAAGAGAAGGAAUCUUGUAACCCUCAGGACUGCGUCCCUGAAGUUGAUGAAAACUGCAAGGACAGGUACUACAAUUGCAACGUGGUGGUCCAGGCCAGGCUCUGCGUCUACAACUACUACAAGACCGCUUGCUGUGUCUCCUGCACGCGCGUGGCCAACAGGCACUCGGGCUUCCUGGGGAGCAGAUAACAGCCCGCUCCGCAACCGUGGGCAGGAUUGCACUUUUACAGGUGUUUCUUUAAACCUCCCCCAGGAGGCAAAAAGUGUUGGGACCCACUGAGCUGAUUCGUGCGGCUGCAUCUCUCAACUUGAAUACAACUUCUUCCAACUCUCCUCGGGCUGACUUUACCUUUGGGCUUGAGCUUAGCAGAGCGUUUGACACAAUCUUUCAGGUUAUCUUGAUGCCUAAUAACGUGAAAUAUGACUUAGGUCAUAAAGCCCAUUGAAAGUCACCCUGGACGAGAGAGUCUCUAGUGGAGUGCCUACAGCCUCUAUCCUUGACGCU